GUCCAAGAGCCAUUUCAAUUAGUUUAAGGAAUACCUCGAAAUUUUGUAAUUUGUUGAGCAUUUUUACUUUUGGAAAGUAAUACCCUCAAAUGAAACUUAGAGAUUAAUUGCACCAUAUGGUGAAUUACAAUAACUUCCAAAGUUCAGGGUACUUCUAAUCAAUUCACAAUAAUGCUAAGGAAGUAGUAGCUGCAAAAUUGAGCAUCUAACCUACAGAGAGAUAAGAAAGGUAGUGAGCCAUCAUAACCAUGCCUCCUAUGCUGCAACCCCACAAGUCUGCUUCUAUAAAGUUUGCUCUCACAAAACCAUGCUAUCUUUAACUCUGUUAUAUCAGCUUCAAACACUAUCUCCUUCCUUUUUAAGCUUGUCCUGGCUUUAGUGUCUUCAACAACUCUCUAGUCAUUCAAAAGUUUCUAUAUAUAGUUUCUGCACUCUCCACAAAUCCUCAACCAUUAAAAUUUCCUGUCUUCUUCUCUUUUUCUUUCUUCUUUUGUAUCUGUCGUCAAACUUUGCCUAUAUGGUUCUUAGCUCGUCAUAAGCAUAUUUCUUAGCUUCCAUAAUCUUCUUUUCUUUCACUUCUACAGCUAUGGAUGAAAGCAAGAUUAGUGAUCUUCGCGAUGCCUCAUUUUCUUACCUCACAGCAGCAAAGGAGAAUUAUGUACUUAAGCUGACAGAAUCAGUGCAGUUUCCCCAUCCUGACAUAAUCUCAAGCCAAGAAACUUCCUUGGAGAAAACUAAGCCGCAAGAGGGCGAAAUCAAUGUCUUUGGAGCUGAGAAAUACUUCAACAUGAAACUGGAUGAUAAAACUUCAGGAAGUAUGAAUUCUAAUAAAUGCAAAUUUGUGAAUGAGACUGUAGAGAACCGGGUCGAUCAUCACAGAUUGAGAACAAAAGGAAGGAUUGGAACACCAAGUGUGAGUUCUGAAUCAAGUUGGAACACCCAAAGUGCUUUAUUACCAAGUUCCCGGAGAAACUUAUCUUAUGGCAGACAAAAGAAAGUAAAUGAAAGAUGGUUCUUUCCUGGUUUUGGCUGCAAUAGAUCUUGUUCUGAUAAGAAAUCGGUUUAUAUCGAUACGAAUAUUAAUACUUGUCGCAAUCCUAUCGUCUCAGAGGGAAGAAAACAAUCUCAACCGAGAUAUCCAGUGAAAGACGAGUUUCACAGCCCAGUUUUUGAAAAAAUGAGUAUUGGUUCUAAUACAUCAGAAGACUAUUAUGUAUUACCAACGGUAAAUUCAGGAGUGCAAAACUUGAAAGUUAAAAAAGAAAAGCAGAAGAAACCUGUCCAAGAAGACCCAAGAAAAUCAUUAGACGUGUUUGGAUCUCAUAUGCUAAAUAAAGAAGAUAUAGCAACAAAUUUAGAGAGGAAACUUUCUGUGCUUACUUGGGAUGCUAUUCCAUUUCCAAAAGGACAAAACCUGCCAAAUCCUUCUGCAAGCAGCCAAAGGUAUGAAGAUCCAGAAAGCGAUGCUAGUUCAGACUUGUUCGAGAUAGAGAACAUUUCCUGCAGUACACAGCCAAUAUUUACUAAACAAAUUUCUGAUGGCAUGUCCAGUUGUAUGACACCUAAUAGCCGGUAUGAGCCUAGUGAGACUAGCAUUGAGUGGAGUGUUGUGACGGCCAGUGCAGCUGAGUUUUCUGUUGUUUCAGAAUAUGAUGAAAAAAAAACUGCACAAACUACUACAAAUUCUCCUGGUUUAACAUCAAGGCCUAGAAGUCAUCACUCGAAUAGCCUAUUGGGGUGUAAGAGUCAGAAGGCACUGCAAGUUGCUGAAACUGCAUACAAGACUAAACCUCCAUUGAAUCCUCAGCAUCGAAGGUCACUAGACCCAUCGAUGCAAAUAAUAAGGAAAUUACCAGCUGAUUCUAAGGUGAAAGAUUAUGAUUUCCCUUGAUUGCUUGCUACUUGCUACUUCUUUUUACCGAGAAAGAGCUCUUUCCUUUAAAUUUACAGCUGAGAUUAAUGUUUAUUAUCCUGAAAAUGGAAUAAAAUUUCUUCCUGAUAAGUGUUCUUGUCUAUAUUUUCUCUUUAGCAAUGGAAUUGAAGCUUUUAUCUUUA